AUGUCACUAAUCCCUUUCAAAGUCACAGCCUUUCUUAUUCUAAUUACUUUCAGUAACCUUUCACUCCUCUCCUUCUCUCUUAGCACUGAUGGUCUAGCUCUACUAGCCCUCAAAGCCGCAAUCACAACUGAUCCAACCGACACUCUAGCAUCAUGGACCGAAACUGACCCAACCCCAUGUCACUGGCGUGGUGUCACUUGCAUUAACCACAGAGUCGCCUCGCUUUCACUCCCUAACAAAAACCUUACUGGCUACAUACCUUCUGAACUCGGCCUUCUUGACUCACUAACUCGACUCACUCUCUCUCGCAACAACUUCUCUAAACUCAUACCUUCACAUCUCUUCAAUGCAUCAACUCUCCGCUUUGUGGAUUUGUCUCAUAAUUCUCUCUCAGGCCCAAUUCCUGCCAAGAUUGAGUCUUUACAAGAGUUAACCCACUUGGAUUUAUCUUCUAAUUUUCUCAAUGGGUCUCUCCCUGAAUCUUUGAUUAAGCUAAAAAGCUUAGCAGGGACUUUAAAUUUGUCUUACAAUUCAUUUUCUGGUGAGAUUCCUGGGUCUUAUGGUUUUUUUUCGGUUAUGGUGAGUUUAGAUUUAAGACACAAUAAUCUUAGUGGCAAAGUGCCAUUAGUUGGGUCAUUAGUGAACCAAGGGCCAACUGCAUUUGCUGGAAACCCAAGUCUUUGUGGGUUUCCUUUACAAACUCCAUGUCCUGAAGCUGUUAAUAUCACAAUUAGUGAUAAUCCUGAAAACCCAAAAGACCCAAAUCCUGUUUUUUCCCCUAGGAGUGUUGAGAAAGUGAAAACCAAAACGGGGUCGGUAGCAGUUCCCUUAAUCUCGGGCGUUUCGGUGGUGGUCGGCGUUGUUUCGGUAUCAGUGUGGCUGUAUCGGAAAAAACGGGGGCCUGAUGAGGGUAAAAUGGGAAAGGAGGAAAAGAUAGAAAAGAGUGACCAUAAUGAGGUUGCUUUUAACGACGAGGGGCAAAAAGGUAAAUUUGUGGUGAUGGAUGAAGGGUUUAAUUUGGACUUAGAGGAUUUGUUGAGGGCAUCUGCUUAUGUGGUGGGGAAAAGCAGGAGUGGCAUCGUGUACAAGGUGGUCGUGGGUGGGAGUGGAUCUGGUACGGUCGUGCCUACUGUUGUUGCUGUAAGGAGGCUGAGUGAAGGUGAUGCCACGUGGAAGUUGAAGGAGUUUGAGUCUGAGGUUGAGGCGAUUGAGAGGGUCCAUCAUCCUAAUAUAUUAAGGCUGAGAGCUUAUUACUUUGCUGAUGAUGAGAAGCUGUUGGUCUCUGAUUUUAUCCGCAAUGGAAGUUUAUACUCUGCGCUGCAUGGAGGACCUUCUAAUGCUUUGACUCUGCUAUCAUGGGCAGCAAGGUUGAAAAUUGCUCAAGGAACUGCUCGGGGUUUAAUGCACAUACAUGAGCACAUCCCUCGAAAGUAUGUUCAUGGCAACUUAAAAUCAACUAAAAUUCUGCUUGAUGAUGAACUCCAUCCUUACAUCUCCAGUUUUGGGCUCACUCGUCUUGUCUCGAGUGGCGCAAAAUUUACAACUUCGGCAUCCAGAAAGCAGUAUUUAAACCAAGCCAUUUCCUCGGCAAUGGGCUUGAAAGUUUCUGCUCCCUCUGACAUUUACUUGGCACCAGAAGCUCGAGUCUCUGGCAGCAAGUUCACUCAGAAUUGCGAUGUGUACUCAUUUGGAAUUGUACUGAUGGAGCUUUUAACUGGUCGGCUACCUAAUGCUGGACCGGAAAAUGAUGGUAAGGGACUAGAGAGUCUAGUGAGGAAGGUGUUUCGAGAGGAACGCCCCUUGUCAGAGAUUAUAGACCCAGCACUAUUAAGUGAGGUUCACGCAAAGAAACAAGUUGUUGCUGUGUUUCAUAUUGCACUCAAUUGCACAGAACUAGACCCUGAAUUGCGUCCUAGGAUGAGAACCGUGUCUGAGAGUCUUGACCGCAUCAAAUUGCAUUGA